AACCAUGAUGAAUAUCGCUCUAGCGGUUAUACAGAACGUCCCCUGCAGAAAAGGGAUCUAAGGUAUCGGGAGCGGUUGCGGAUGGCCUUGUGCCUGAUGUUUCGCCCCGCAGCAGAAGGACGCCUGCCAGCAGCCCAGACGUCGAAGCUUCGCCUCGCAUGCAUCAUACGCAGAUAUCUGCCGCGAUAACGUAGCUCGCCGCCCUACUGUCCCCUCACCGUCGCUGCACCGACGUCGGCGCGCAUCCUCGGUGGCAAGGCGGGAUGAAUCGCUGUUCGCGGUGCGGGUGCAAGAUCCAGCGCAGCGUCACGUACGCCAAUGGCUGCCGACUUCGAUGCCAGGACAAGAUAUCGCCUGAAUGACGAAGUCCGGUUUUGGUGGGGUUCCCCCGGCCAAGAGAGGGUGCUUGUUGGCAGGGUGUAUGCCAUUCAGAUGACCCAGGACCUGCGUGUAGCCUAUGCGAUCGAGGUCGUAGAUGACAACGCGGAUCAAAGACGCACCAGACAUUUGAGGGUACCGGAGAGGGCGAUCAGGGGCUUGACUCGCAAUAAUCCGUUGCUCAGACGGCUGCGCCACCGCCUUCACCUUCGUUGACAAUCGCCCAUAGACGUUGCACAACUCGAUAUGGACGGUCUUCCUUCGUUUCUUCCUUCCCUUCCUUAGACUAUAAUUCACGAAUCGUGGCUUGCGUUGCAGGCCUUACGGACUACGAUCAUGUAGCGACGAUCUCAUGUUUGUUGGGAUCUCGCCUAGUCACUUUAGCAUAUAGUCGAGCUUGUACUAUCGCUGCAGCACGACCUUGACACACUAUGUUACUCGCACAUGCUAGUCUUUCGUAGACUCACUUACCUUGGACAAUAUACCUGCGUCGACAAUGCGCAAAUUCAUUG